UCGACUGCAAGCGCGUGACGUGCAUCAGUGGGACGCCCUCUUGCGGUUAGAUUUAUCUGCCUUUUCUUCUACUGGCUGAAACAGGCUGCUCGUUGCCUGAAAAGAAGUCAGUAUGGUUCAGCGACUUCAUUACAGACGUAGGCAUUCCUACAACACCAAGUCCAACAAGGUGAAGAUCGUGAAAACACCAGGUGGCAAGCUUGUAUACCAUUAUCCCAAGAAGAAGCCUUCUCCGGCAAGAUGUGGAGAUACUGGAGUUAAGCUCAUGGGGGUGUUAGCUGCCCGUCCAAAGAAGUUGAUGUCAGUUCCAAGACCCAGAAAGCGUGUUACCAGAGCUUAUGGAGGCUGUUUGAGUGCUGGAGCAGUUAAACAGAGGAUCAUCAGGGCUUUCUUGAUUGAAGAGCAGAAGAUUGUUCGCAGAGUUCUCAAGGCACAGCAACAGUCUAAGAAACCAUAAACAGAAGCAGCAGUUUAGUUUUACCCAUCCGUAAAAACAUGGUUUUAAACAAGAAUUGACUCUAAAGCCACCUCUGGAACAAGAUGUACAAGAGCUUACAUGUAUAAAUAAACAACAAAGUGAUUUCAAAUCA